CGCGUUUUGCUCGACCGGCCGGCCGGUCGCGGGUUCCAGAGGCUUGCGUUAUAUAUAAAGGACAACAGGGCUCAACAAGUUGCUUCACAUAGGCAUAGCCAGGCAACACAUUACAUAGAAGCUCGAUACAAUGGCGAUCCGGAACAUGCAGGUGGCGACGCGUUCGCUGGACGCGGACAUGACGGUGGACGAGUUCAAGGAGUGGCUGCGGCGGUUCGACACGGACCGCGACGGGCGCAUCAGCCGCGACGAGCUGCGGCGCGCCAUGCGCGCCAUCCGCGCCCGGUUCACGGGGUGGCGGAGCAGGCAGGGCAUCAGCUACGCCGACGCGGACGGCGACGGCUACAUCGACGACAGCGAGGUGGACGGCCUCAUCGAGUUCGCGCAGAAGAACCUCGGGCUCAAGAUCGUCGCCUACUGAGCUGGUCGACGCAGGUGGCGGCCGGGCGGGCCGGGCGGCGGCGAGAGCCAUGGGCUAGCAGCAGCACGCCACCAUCUGCCUGUCCCCGCUAAAAAUAAGAACAACUGCUUGAUCGAGCGCUUGCUUGCUUAAAGCUUUGCUUUCUUGUACGUACUCUAUCAAUUCAUGGGCUCUGUAUCCCUCUGUGUGUGAUCUAUGUAAGGUGUGUAUGGCGGCUGCCUCCUCUGCAAGGUCGAGCCCUGCCAUGGGUGCCGCCGCCGCGGAUUUUCAUUUGUUUGCUCUAGUGAAAUUGACAGUGUAUCCUUGACCAUCAUAUCCCGUGUC